AUGACCAUGGUGAGGACGACGGUGGUCGGCAGGGAGAGGAGCGGGGGCGUGAGGCAGUACAACAGGUCCAAGGUGCCCCGCCUGAGAUGGACGCCCGAUCUGCACCACUGCUUCGUCCACGCCAUCCACAAGCUCGGAGGCCAGGACAAGGCUACGCCGAAGCGAGUUCUGCAGCUGAUGGGAGUGGGAGGACUCACCAUAUCUCAUGUCAAAAGCCACCUGCAGAUGUACAGGAACAUGAGAAAUGAUCUUGGAAUGCAAGGGCCGAUGCAGGUGCACCGGAUGCAGGAUCAGGAGCACGUAUACGGAGGAGGCAUGCAUAUGGAACUCUGCACCAAUAUGCAGCAGCAGCAGCAGCAGCCGCAGUGCGAUCAUGAGUGCGAUGCCCCCUGCUGCAUCUGCCACUCACCAAAGCCUGGAAAGGAGGCGACGCUGUUCCAACGCCAACUGAAAAGGGCGGAGACGAGGCGUGAGGGGGACGAGAUCGAUGGGAGCGCGAGACCCAAGAGGGUUCUGCUGCGAGGAGGCCCAGGCCCAGGAAUAUGUGAGAGCGACGGGUCACCGAGCGGCGGCCUGUGCUGCGCGCUCGCAGCAGCAGCAGCAGGUGGCUACGACAACUAUAUGCGCAUGAUGCAAGCGGCCAUGGGCGUGGCUGCCGCUGCCGGCGCUCCUGCUCGUGCUCCUCCUCCGCCUCCGCCUCCACCUCGUCAUGCGGAGACGGUGGAGCCCGGGCGGGGGCCGGGAAUAAAGCAGCACUUGGCGCGGCCCGGCGCAGACUGCGGCGAACACGCUCCUCCUCCCAGCAGCAGCAAGCAGCGCCUCACAUUCUUGGGCUUCGUGGUGGCGCCGGGGCCGCCUCCUCCUCCCUGCUGCGGCCGUGACCACCCUUUCGAGACGGUCGGCAUGGCUCUCACCGGCCACCGCAGCUCCGCGGAGGCACGCCGCCUCCUCCCACGAGGCCUCGAGACACCGCCGAGCAAGGCCGCCGUGGCCCAACAAGCUGGCGGCGAUCCCUGGUCGUCGUCGGCGGGUUCCGACGGCGACGACUGCUCGCCCUCGCUGUCCCUAGCGCUGGACACGAGAAGCAGCCGCAGCGGCGAGGAGGUCGGCCGGCUCUCGCCGGCGGCGACGGCGUCGUCGUGGAGCCGGAUCAGCCUCGACCUAUCCUUGUCCACGCUAUAG